AUGCAACUGGAAGAUAGAAUUGCUUUGAUAACCGGCGGCGCCAGGGGCUUGGGCAAAGGUAUCGCUCUCGUAUUGGCGGAGCGCGGCGCCGACAUAGCAGUGUGCGACAUCAAUCUGGACGGAGCGCAGCAGACUGCAGGUCAUAUAGCUGCCAUUGGGCGGGAAGCGACGGCAUACGAAGUUGAUGUAACCAGCCAAUCACAGUUGCGUGAAAUAGGCGUUAUCGGCGCCGCAGGCUUUGAGGAUACGACCACCUCACGGGAAGAGGACUGGGACCUGACCUUCGAUGUGAAUGUCAAAGGCACGGCGUUGGCAUCCGACGCGGUAAGUUCGCACAUGAAGGAGCGGCGCUUCGGCAAGAUCGUGAACAUUGCCUCGCACGCGGGACGUGGUGGCGGGGCGGGUGGGGGCGCUUAUGGCGCUUCCAAAGCCGCGGUCAUUCACCUUACUCAGUCUUAUGCGAUGGACCUUGCGCCGUUCGACAUAAAUGUAAAUGCGAUCUGUCCGGGAAGCAUAUGGACGCCGAUGUGGGAGCGAAUUGCUGUCCGCACGCAGCGAAACAGACCUGAGCAGCAGCAACUUACACCGCGCGAAAUAUUUGAUGCGGCGAUUAUGGAGCGGUGCCCGCUUGGCAGAGAGCAGACGCCGGAAGACAUUGGCAAGGCGGUUGCGUUCUUCGCUUCAGACGACGCUAUCAACAUCACCGGGCAGUCGCUGAACGUGAAUGGCGGCAUACGCAUGAACUAG